AUGUCCUAUUACUCUGGGUAUAGCAUGCCGUACGGCUCUUAUGGAGGAGCAGGUUAUCAUCAUCACCAUAAUCCUUAUCUUUACGGCAAUUACAUGUAUCCUGGAUCUUCCUACUAUUACGGUGGCGGUGGUUACGGUGGCGGAGGCUAUUAUCCUUAUAAUUACUAUGGUGGACGAGGCUAUCGACCUGGUUUCUUUCGUGGAUUAAUGAACCGCAUCCGAUAUGGCUCGUAUUACGGUAAUCCUUAUUCACCCAUGGGAUAUGAUCAUGUCCCUCACCGGUACUAUCCCGAGAUGAAUCAUGUUAGCUCAGUCAAAGAUCUUUGGAGAAGUAACGAUAUUUACUGA